GUCCAGUUGGUUAGAAGGCUCUCUUGCGGCCACCACUCCUUGCUCUGUCUGUGCCUUUUCAUAACACGAUGGUCGGUCGCUGUGCGAGAAGCUCCACCCACACGUGGAGCAUGUACUUCGUAUCAAACGUAAUUAUAAAUAAACGGGAGUUCACCCAUUUGGAAGUGUAUGGGUGCAGCAAUCCAACCUACCCGUGCCUGCGUAGAAAGCAACGUAUUUAUUGUGUUAUUAAAAAAAAGUGGCAGAAGAAGUGAGUUCUGAACUUACAAUUCUGAACUUACAAUUGCUUCUGGAGGAGGGGCGGGGGGAAAUGAGACAAAAUUGCAGCGUGCCUGCAUUCUUGAACAAGUUGUGGACCUUGGUGGAAGAUCCAGGGACGGAUGAUCUAAUCUCCUGGAGUCAAAAUGGCACCUGUUUUCAAGUGUCCAAUGAAAGGAACUUUGCAAAGGAGAUCCUCCCCAUGUACUUCAAGCACAAUAACAUGGCAAGCUUCGUCAGACAACUCAACAUGUAUGGCUUCCACAAAGUGGUUCACAUUGGUGUGGGCCUGCCUCGAGAUUUGGAUGAUGCAAUUGAGUUUCAACAUCCACAUUUCAGACAAGGAGAGCCUCAGUUACUGGACAACAUUAAAAGGAAGGUUUCUGUGAGCCGAGUUGAUGGCCGUAAACUGAAAGAGCAAGAGGUGUUGAACAUCUUGUCAGAGGUUCGACAGAUGAAGGAGAAACAUGACUUGGCUGACGGCAUGAUUCUGGCAUUUAAAAGGGAAAAUGAGGCUUUGUGGAAGGAGCUAUCAACCCUGAAACAGAAGCAAUUACAACAGCACAAAGUUAUCCGCAAGAUCAUCCACUUCAUUGCUAGUAUGGUGCAGUCAAACAGUAUGGCUGGAAUCAAGAGAAAAAUGCCUCUGAUGAUUGGUACUUCAGGAUUACCUCAUUCCUAUGCCAAGUACAGUCGACCUAUCACGAUGGAUUCUAGUCAGGCUGGCACAGCUGUGCAUGGCAUUCCGAAAUGUGAAACCUGUGAGAAAAGCAGCGUUUAUCCCGGAGGCGUUAUCAUCUCGGAAAUCACUCAUUUGAUUGGGAGUUCCGAACACUGUUCCGAAGAACAGCACAGUUUUGAGAUUGGAAAGCGGAGAACUGCUGAAGAGCUGUUCAGCACAGACAUGGACAACCUGGUUGACACGUCCAGCACAGUGGCUUCACAAUUCACAUCACAUGACCUGUACCACACACUUCUGGGUGAAAACUGUCAAAUGACCACAGAAGAGAAUUCUGACCGGGGUGAAAUAAUUGACCAUUUGGAUAUGAUUGACAACAGUUUGGCUCAGAUGCAUUCCUCACUCAGCGAUAAUCGACUAGACAUUAAUUUGGAUUUACUCAAAGAUCUCUACAACCCAUCGGUUGGAGGAUUAGUAACAACAUUUCCUGAAGUAGAACUGGACAACAGCAAGAGGGUAAAUGGACAAAAAGAUAAUGAUGUACAAGAGGAACAAGAUUAUGCAGAAUUGCAGGUCAAACAAGGUGAAGUUGAACGUCGAGAUUGCAACGGCCUGCCUUUCUCAAAGGAGGAAGUGGAUGAGACCGAUAUGUUGCCGACCUUACUGGAACUGGCGGAAGAGGCCAGCGAUGUCACAUUUUUCUCCAGCGACAUCUCAAUUUUUGACAGUGACACUUGAAACCAAGGAUGCCAUCCGAUCUACAACUAAACGACACCUGGCUUUUUACUAGAUGGUGCAAUUCUUUGAAAUGGUAGAACAUUGCGUUACAGCUGCAAAGCAGAAUUUCCUCGUUAACGGGCAGCAAAUUUCUAGGCUCCGUGUGUUCCUUUAGCUUGCACUUAAUGACAUUAGAAUAGCGAGCAGAAUUAACCACCAUUCAGUGCCCUAAAAGUGACCGCGCUCUUCCUUUUGACAGAAGCUAACAUCAUUAGAAAAGAGACUGCUGUGUGAUUAAAUGGACAGGUCAGCUUUGGGCUGGUCAACUGGCCGCCUUUAGUGACAUUUCCAUCUCUGCUCCACAAAGUGCUUGAGGCAAACUAUCACUAGAUAUCAACAAGGGUAAUGACGAACUGAAGCUCUGGUAGACAAGGGAAGGGAAAGACAACAUAGGAGAUUAUUUAUUAUUAGCUUUUCCUUAUGUUUCUUUGGAAUAGGAAGGAAUAGGAAUACUUUAUUGUCACAUGUGGCUAGGCACAGUGAGUAUUCUUUGCUUGCAUACACUAUGUAUACAAAAUCAGCCAUGAUCAUAUUGAAUGGCGGUGCAGGCUCAAAGGGCCGAAUGGCCUACUCCUGCACCUAUUUUCUAUAGCAGCCACAUACAGCCCUGACAAAGUUACAAAGCACGCUGGCUCCCCGUCUUGUCCCCCACCAGUUCCCCCCCCACCCCACGCCCAGUCCCCAUUGUCCAGUGUUCUCCCCCUCACCUCCCUCACCACAGUCCCCCCCAUGCCGGGUCCUCCAUUGUUCUACCCCUCCCCCCUCACGUUAGUUUUGGAUCGCCACCAGCCAUGGGUUUCCUGCUGUGUGCAGUUAAUUGUGUGAUAAUUAAUAUUUAGCAUCAGCUGAAUGCAACAAGCCCACUGUAAAAGCUGUUUCUGUGCAGAGACCUAUGACAUAGGAACCCUUUGAGUUUUGAUUAUUUUGGCAUUCACCUACCUGUUAUUUCCAGUCCUGGUCCUGAUCUGGUCUGUUCAUCCUUAAUUUCCAAAAGGGUUUCACUUGCACAAUUUCUGGUCUUUAUUUUCCUUGUUGCAUCGUGGCAAAGUACCUGGGAAUGUUUUUGUAGCGGGUUAUUUUCUAUGGAAUAGUCAAUGAAAUGGGAGAAUUAAACAUAAAAUGCAGGGAGCAUCCAGAAGGUUGGUCAGCACUAGUGCAUAGUUUGACAGAGAAAUGUUGAACACAAUCUUAGCUUGCCUGCUGCUGACAGGCCUGCAUUGAUUUUCUUUUUUUGUAUUGAAUUCAGAAUCAAUUUUUGAAAGCAGUUGUAAAAUGGACAGGUUUAAUAGUUUCUUCCACUGUUAUUCCACUGUAACAUCUCAGUCUUUGCAUUUCUCCGCUUUCCACACAAACGCAACGCAAUCCCAUUUUGGAUUCCUUCUACUUGUCUAAUUGUAUUGUUAUUCACACAAGUUCUACACGCCGAACCGCACCCAGCCAACUCCAAACAAUUAUUUUGGCUACACAAAAGCCCACAAAGUGCUGGAGUAACUCAGCGGGUCAGGCAGCAUCUCCGGAGAACAUGACUAGGUGACAUUUCAGGUUGAGACCCUUCUUCAGAUUAUUUUGGCCAGAUUAUUUUGAAGACAAAAUACGAGAAUAUUUUCUGGGGUGAUGGAUUUUAACUUUAAGAUUGGACAGGAGCAGAGGUUGUUGAUCUCCAUGAAGCAGAGAUUGCAAGGAUAUUCAGCUGAGGUGGACAAGUUCAUGAUAGGUGUAGAUAGAGUAAAUCGAGGGAAUCUGAUUCAAGUGGAGGGUGGUUGGGAAUCUAGAGGACGUGGAUUUAAGGUGAUGGUUAAAAGAUGCAAAGGGAAAAAACAUAUUUUACACAGUGAGUGUUUGACAAUCUACAUCUCCGUGGCUGUUCGAGUGGUGAGGACAGGCAGUAUUAAAUUACCUUUCAAAGCUUAGCCAGCAAUCUGGCACAACUUUCAGCAUUUAAAAUAUUGUGUGAUGCUCAUGAUUUAUCCGGGCGGCACCCUAUUUAGCAGGGGAAUCACCAUUGUAAGGAUAAUGCUUUACAGAGGCUCUGAACACAUUUUGGAGUAGGGAGGCUUCUGCUAUGGGUUGACCUGACAGGAUGCUGUGUUUAUCAACCCUACAUUAGACCAUGCAAUAGGUCAGUGUCGACGGUAUAAUCACGACAUUGAGAAACGGAAUCACUUUGAUCUGGACAAAACAAAAUAAGGUUGGCUGACAAAAGAUUCCUGACACUGACUAAGUUUGGAUUGUGAAGAUAUAGUUGUGAUGAUCAUGUCGCAUGAAUGUCUUGUGCCUGAAUUGCAAGGUUGAUUUAUUUUUUUUAAUCACACAUUGACUGUUGUCCAAUAAAAGAUAUAAUGUUUCAUGAAGAGCUACUGAAACAGUGUAAAGUUGAUAACUUCAAGGGUGAAUGCAUUGGUGAAAAGAAGGAACAGUUUUAACAGUCCCAGGAUAGCAUCUCCAAGGAUCCUUUCAAUGUCAAUGCAAUGUAAAUGUUAGGAUCGUGUUGAGUUCCUUGAGGGAUUUUGAAGCUUCACUCAUCCAGACAAGUGGAAAGUGUUAGAGUGUCCUCUUGUCUGUUCAAUGUACGUGUGUACAGUACAUUAGUUAUUUAUGAUGGUCAUUGAUAGAACAAUUUCACAAACAUGCAAGGAAAGAUUGACAUAAAAUGGUUUAUUUCUUUUAAAAAAAAAUCCUUUUACCGUGUCAUUAUAUUUGAAAACAUUACUAGUUAAGAAGACCAUAAUGAUAAAGGAAAGCAUACAAAGGAAUUAAACACUAGGGUAUCUAUCAUUACAGCCUUUACUAGUACAAAUACAUCAACGCACCUGUCAUUGUGACCCUUUCAGCACAGAGAGAAUUUUGCACAUACCCAGUAAACGUACAUUUGAUUUAAAAUGAAACCUUGAUUUUUUUAGAAGUAUGCUGCACUUUCAUAAUGGUCUUUUAAAUGCACACCUUUUGAUUCCACUCAGCUAGUUUGCAACAAUGCCAGAGAGAGGGGGGAAUCCCAACAUUUAAUGAAAGCAUCACGGAUCGCAUGUGACUUGGUGAUGUCUUUGCCUUUGUAGUAAAACUCUGGUGUUUUUAUACUCUUCAUGACUGGAAUUAACAAUGCUAAUUGCCACUUCUACUGUAUUCAUUGCAUGUUUGCGAUUCAAAGUGAACAUUAAGAUUCUAUUUUGAACAUUCACUUUUGAUGUCGAUUUUGUUCCCCCUCAUUCCCCCCCCCCACCCCCCCCAAGUUGCCAGAGUGGGGUCUCAGACUAGUCCCGCAUUGUGAAGACCUAACUUGUACCAAAUGAUGCUUAUUCCUGCAACAAGGGUGGCAUGGUGGCACAGGGGUAGAGUUGCUGCCUUACAGCGCAAGUGACCCAUGUUCGAUCCUAACUACGGCUGCUGUGUGUACGGAGUUUGUACGUUCCCCCCGCGACUGCGUGGGGGUUUCUCUGGGUUCUACGGGUCCCUCCUAUGCUCCAAAGAAAUACACGUUUGCAGGUUAACUGGCUUUGGUAAAAAAAAAAUUAUCUCUAAUGUGUAGGAAAAUGCUAGUGUACGGGGUGAUCACUGGUCAGUCAGACUCAGUUGCUGAGCCUGUUUCCAAUCUGCAUCCCUAAAGUAUAACGUCGAAAGUUUAUCUUCACUUUAACUAAAGGACAAAUGAUGGUAACUAAAAUCCACCUGAAUGUAUUAGAUCAAAGGUCAUUUGUUCCCAAAAGUAUGUGUUCAGUCAAGUCACAUUUAGUCAAGUCACAUUUAUUUAUAUAGCACAUUUAAAAAACCAACUCUCGUUGGCCAAAGUGCUUUACAUUUGUUAUAAGAAUAGUAUAAACAAACAAACUACAUACAUAUAUACAUAUAGCCCUCGCUCAGUGGAUGUCAGGAAAGGCUUGGGAGUAUAGAUACGUUUUUAGUCUUGACUUAAAGGAGUCGAUGGAGGGGGCAGUUCUGAUGGGAAGGGGGAUGCUGUUCCACAGUCUAGGAGCUGCAACCGCAAAGGCACGGUCGCCCCUAAGCUUAUGCCUAGACUGUGGGAUAUUCAGCAGCCCCAAGUCGGCCGAUCUGUGGGACCUGGACCUGGAGGUGGAGUGGUGGAUGAGAAGACUUUUUAUGUAGGAGGGGGCAAGCCCAUUGAGGGCUUUGUAGACAUAGAGGAGGGUCUUGAAAUUAGGAUAGAAAUGAAUUUGAAGUCAGGAUUAAGUGACACAAAAUUGUCUCCAUGUUGGCACCAGAUGUCAAAUCAUUUUGGAUGUUAAUUUGGGAAUUUCUGCGUACACAUCACUGGCACAAUGAGAGUUUUUGUAUUGAGAUUGUCUUGGAGCACAAUAGAUAGACCUUUCCUCUGCAUCUGGCCAUGCUAAUCUGACCUACCUGAGCUUCCUGCUGUUGGCCCAUUUCAACAUCUAUUCUAACGAGUUUGAAUUUUUAGAAAGUUGAUGAAUGGAUGCAGUGGGAAGGAGGGGAGAGAAUAUAUUCCCCUAUUUGAUUACGCUGCCUCCCCUGAUUUUUGAUUUAUUGGAAAGUGAAAUCUACUGCCUUACCUUUUUAAUUAGAUGCUGAAUAUGUCAUAUUUCUGAGAGUUUUGAUGAAUUAUUUACAACAGUCACCUUGUAGAAAAGUGAUGUCAGAGAAGCACAAGAUGGGGUUAUUAGUUAACGGUUUAAGCCCUCAAUUCUUACACUAACACACAACCCGCCCAUUAUGUGUAAGUAAUUAAACAAUUAAGUUUCUCCAGCAUUUUUGUGUACCUUCGAUUUUUCAGCAUCUGCAGUUCCUUCUUAAACGUUUAACCGAUUUUGUUGUUCCUCGAUCAAUGUUAUGCCAUAUUUUUUCGAAAGGUCCUUUGUGGUCAUUUCACUAAUGCACAGGAACUAUUUUGUAUUUUGCUUAUCUCUUGAUGUGUAAAUACUGUACGAUUUGUUUCUUAGGACUUUUUUUUAAAGGAAAUAUAUGGUUUUGUACAGAAAAGUCUGAAGAAAUGUUUAAGGAAUCAAGUUUGCUCACUCAAUGCUGUUCACAUGCACUACUCUAACACAAUAAUGGAGAGAUUUAAAUCCAUGUUAUGAAAUGUUUGAUAUUAAGUAUAUUUCUUACAGUGGCUAUAUAUUAAUAAAUGCAUUGUAAAAUUUCA